CCCUCCUCUCUCUCUCUAUCUCUCCACAUUUGUUCUCAUUUUCUCUCUCUAGAAGAAUGCUUUGAAUAUUUUCAUGGUUUGGUUUUAUUCUUUCUCUUUAUUUUCUCUCUCUCACGCAUAUUCACAAAGGGGUUUUGAUUAAAUGUACAAGACCUGCUUUUUGGUGGAGAGAAAAGAACCUGAUGCCCCAUUUGAUGUUGCAUCACUUUUACUUGAUUUUAUGCAUCAAGACCUCGUUUUUUUUCAGGCCCAUUUUGGUUUUCUCCUGCUGAGAAGACAGCACAAGAAGGAAGGAAAAGUGUAUCAACAGAUGUUAUCCACUGAAAAGCCUCCACCAGGUCCUUAUUCUGAAACCUCACAGCUGAAAAGUAGCUGCAAAAAUCUCAUUACCAGUGAUGAGAGGUCUUUUGAUAAUAACAAGGUAGAUCUGUUCGAAUUUUGUCAAGGCCACAUUAACCAAACAACUCCCAAGUUCUCCAUAAGAGAUUAUGUUUUCAGUUCACGCGCCAAAGAUAUCGAGACCCACUGGCCAUUUUCUCCGAAAAAUCUGCAACUUUGCCUAAAACUCGGUGUGAAGGAUGUGUUGCCGCCUUUCGAGGCUCUCGAAUCCGUGAGAAACCCAUCAUCAGCUGCCAAAUAUGCCGAUCAAGAAAAGUUCUCUGACUUGAAGGAUCAAAAAAAUUCUCAUAACCCAGCUAAGAACUUCAGCUGGAUCGUGAAAUCGGGAAAAAACGCAGUUGCCGAACAAAAGUCGAACGAGGAUUCUUUAGAAAUGACAAUGGGCUCAAAAAUGUGCCCAGUGUGCAAGAUAUUCACUUCCUCUUCAAACACGACUUUGAAUGCUCAUAUAGACCAGUGUCUUUCUGUGGAGUCGAAUUCUAAAUGGAUUACGAGCUCGAGAGUGGUCAAGCAUAGAAUCAUCAGGCCUAGAAAGAUGAGAUUGAUGGUUGAUAUUUAUGAAACAGCUCUUUCUUGCACUUUGGAGGAUCUUGAUAAAAGGAACGGGACAAACUGGGCUUCAAACUUGAGUGAUAAUAAUAUUAACACUGAUAUGAAUCUUAUUCAUACUAAUAAUCCUUCUUCAACAAAUGGUGAGGACAUGAAUGAAGAAGGUGAUGUGUACUUUGAUUCCAAUGGCACGAAGCUUAGGAUUCUUUCGAGGUUUAGUCAUGUGAAUGUUGAUUAUAAUAAGAAUGGAGAAGAUGAUCGUGGGACUAUGAAGCUGUUCGAAAGAGAUAAAGCAAGCAAAACUGUUCUGGACAAGAAAAUGAAGAAGUGUCUUGUCCAAAGACACAAGCUUUUAAAAUUCCCUCGUUUUGAACACAGACGAUUUUCUCCCAGGCUCGAACGCAGUUCAGAGGUUAACCAUCCAAGCAAAAUCACAAAGAAACCGAGAAUAAAAAGUCAAUGCCAGCAGCCUUCCCUAGACGAUAAUAAGCUCAUGAAAAGAACUAAUAAUAGCUUGAGAUUCUCAGUUUCAUCUAAUGAUAAUUCAGUUUCAGCCACUGAUCAGACUCACAAGAGAAAGUUGAAAUCGGUUGAUGAAUACAUGCCAUGUCAGACAAAUCGAGCAGGCUUUUUCUCCCAAGAAUUUGGAAAUGAUGAUGAAGAUGAGCAAAAUCAUAUGAUUAUGGUCCCUAAGACCAAUUUCAGGCGGCUAAAUGAAGGUAUUCAGAAGGAUUUUGUCGAAAAGAAACCCGAAAUUCAUCACAUGCAGAAUGCAGAAAGAAAAUCUCGAAAUUUCUCCAUCGGUCGAUCUAAGGUUUCAAAAAUCUAUGAAAAGAAAUGGGGAUUCAGAUUCUUGAACUCCGAUGAAUUAGACAGAAGCACUUAUUCAAACCACUCGAACGAGUCGUCCGAACUUAAUAGCCAGCUGGAUAUUAUUAAUUCUUCCUUGACCGACACUAGUCCAGCUGGCACGCCCGAAUCUACAGAGGAAGUUGAAGUUCAAGACGAAUUUGUCCACGAGGCGAAUUUGGAAAUCUUUGGCAAAUCUUUGGCUUACGAAGAGCGUGAACAAGAGAUGUUAGGCAAUUACUGUAAUGAUGUCGAUUCAAUUCCCAUACCAGGCCCACCGGGCUCAUUUCUGCCGAGCCCAGAACACAUGGGCUCAGAAGAAGUCCAGGGAAAUUCAUCCUUAAUGAAUUUUAAGAUACAUUCUCUUCAAGAAAACUGGCGCGAAUCUGAUUCGCAGAGUUCUGAUAAGUCAUUCAUAUUUGAACGUGUUCCUGUAGAGGCCCAGCUGAAAAUCGACAGGCCCAAGGCGAAUUGUGAGUAUUCAGGCCCAUCAACUACUACUAAUCAUCCUAUUCUUAGAUUGAUGGGAAAGAACUUAAUGGUGGUGAAUAGAGAAGAAACUCAAAAUCUACUGUCAUCGGUCGGUAGUCAGAAUGAAUAUCGAACCUUCGGUCAUAAUUUAUACCGAGGUCCUUCAUUUUUGGACUACUCGAAUUUUCAUUCCAAUUUGGGCUUUAAAGAAGCAUAUGGUGAAGUUGGGGGAUUGGAUUACAUUUACGGGUCUAGGCAAGCAAGGUGUUAUCCAUUUUCUAAUGGAGCUCGGAAAAUGGUUGAGAGUGCGAAUACUAUGCAGAUGCCUUUUAGAGGGAGUAAUGGAAAUUCGGUUAACUAUAAUUUGUACGUGCCGGAAGAUCCAAGUGUAGUGAUGAAUCAAGAUUCUUCGCUAACUGCAUUAUCUUCGUCCACAGGUCACGAAAGAUCAUCUUCUUCUUCAUGCUUUUCUCAUGGCUUUUCGUUACCUGCAAACUUUUCUUGACGUGUUUCUUUCGUGCACNAUAUACCAAGAUAAAGUGUAAUUUGGCCAUACAAA